CUGACCCGUCUCGGGCUGUAUGCGCUGCAGCACCGGGGCCAGGAGAGCGCCGGCAUCACCACCAGCGACGGCGAGCGCCUGCACUCGACGCGGGCCAUGGGGCAUGUGUCGGAGGCGAUCGACGAGGCCUCGCUGGGCGCGCUGGCCGGUGACCACGCCAUCGGUCACGUGCGGUACUCGACCGCGGGCGACAGCCGGAUCGUCAACGCGCAACCGAUCCUCAUCGACUGCGUGCACGGCGAGAUUGCCCUCUGCCACAACGGCAACCUCAUCAACGCAGCCGAGCUGCGCGACGAUCUGGUCCGGCAGGGAAGCAUCUUCCAGACCAGCAGCGACACCGAGGUCGUGCUGCAUCUCUAUGCCCGGUCGGCCGCCGAUACCGCCCCCGAGGCCAUCGCCGAGUCGAUCCGGCAGGUGCGGGGCGCGUUCUCGCUGGCGCUCCUGACCCGCGACCACCUGAUGGCGGUGCGCGAUCCCUACGGGUUCCGCCCCCUGGUGCUGGGCGCCCUCGGCGACGCUGCCGUGGUCUGCUCGGAGACCUGCGCCCUCGAUCUGAUCGGCGCGCAAUACGUGCGGGACAUCGCGCCGGGCGAGCUGCUGGUCAUCGGUCGUGACGGCCAGCACUCCUUCCGGCCGUUUCCGCCCGCCCAACCGUCGCAGUGCGUUUUCGAGCACGUAUACUUCGCGCGGCCGGACAGCGUGGUGUUCGGCCGGAGCGUCCACGAGGUGCGGACCAACUUCGGGCGGUUGCUCGCGCGCGAGAUGCCGGUGGACGCCGAUGUCGUGGUGCCGAUACCCGACUCCGGGAUCUGUGCGGCCAUCGGUUAUGCCGAGGCGGCGGGACUGCCGAUGCGGAUGGGGCUCAUCCGGAAUCACUAUGUCGGCCGCACGUUCAUUGCGCCGCAGCAGGAGAUUCGCGGGUUCCGCGUGCGCGUGAAGCUGAAUUCGGUCCGGAGCGUCCUGGACGGCAAGCGGGUCGUCCUCGUCGACGAUUCGAUCGUACGGGGACGACCAGCCGCAAGAUCGUCGGGAUGA